UUGUCCACUUGCCCUGGCUGCAGGCUAUAGCUCUAGCGACCUCUGUCGGUCUCCGUUCUGUGUUCUGCUGAAAAGCUUAGGGUUAGGGACGAAAACAAGCUUGAGCCGCCAGGCCAAAAAUGGGUUCAUCACAGGGUGGGUUCACCCCUUUGUCCCGUCUAACCCUCAGAAACCACGGGUGGAUCAGAGUUCGGGUGCGCGUCUCCAGGAUUUGGGUGGCCUCCCAAAUACCGGCCAGAAGUUCGGCCUCGACAGCCUCCUGAUCGACGACGAGGGUGUAACUAUGCAAGCGCGUGCACCCCCCAGCUACAUGAAGCGAUUCCAACGCCAGCUUGUUGAAGGGAAGGUCUACGCCUUGUCGAAUUUUAUGGUAUGGACAAAAAUGAAGUGCUAUAUGGCCUGCAGGAAUGGCUUAAUGAUUUACAUGGGAGGACAGACAGUGGUGGAUGAGAUAAGCGACGGCACCGAUUCUUCGAUACCUCUCCAUAGCUUCGAGUUUGUUGAUUUUGGCAAUGUUCCUUCUAGGAACAGAGACAAUAGCUUGUUUACAGAUGUCAUUGGCCAGAUUGUAUCCAUUGAAGAAGAGGGGCAGGCUUGGAAGUCGGGGGAGGCUUCUCGUAACAUUUCCUUUCGCAACCUACAUUUGCGUGAUUUGAGGGGAAGGCCAAUGCUUGUUACGCUGUACGGGGAUCUCGGUCGCAAUUUUGAUGCAGAGAAGGUUGUCAAGCAAGGCCGAGAAGUCUCAAUUGUUGCUGUUUUUGCAGGGAUGCUUGUUCAACUAUACAAUGGGAUAGGAUUUACAGUUCGCUCAACAUCGGCUUCAAAGUACUACCUGGAUUUGGAUAUACUGGAGGUGCAAGAGCUCCGCACAAGUUUGGCUGAUCGACACAAACCAAUCGAUUGCCUUCCAUGUCAGCUACAAAACCUUAUAAAUCCAACUGAGCUAGUUGAUAGCAGGCGAACAAUCGAACAGCUGAAAAGCCUGAACCCACAUGAAUUACAUUCGAGGACCAAAUUUUUGUGCAUAGUCACCUUGAAAGGCAUUAACUGCACCAAGGAUUGGUGGUACGAGGGAUGCUUCCACUGCAAUUGGCCGAUCAGUUGGGAUGGAAGCAAACCCUUGUGCAUCAAAGGUUGUCCCAAUAACCAGUUGCCUGUUCCACUGUACAAGCUGGAUGCAGUAAUGCAAGAUGCAACAGGUACUAUGAAUAUCAUGAUCUUUGAUAAGCCGGUGAAAAAGCUCGUCGGUGUCUCAGCAGAAGAGCUCGUUGAAGAUACCGCAGGCGAACAAAUUUCUGCUGUCAUCAGUUCGCACCACCAGAGCCGCGCCCUCUUGGUUGGCCCCACAGAGGGGGAUUCAUGGUGAUGGACGUCCUGAACGAUGAUGAGCUGCAGGUUAGCAGUUCAGUUAAGAUGGAAUGAGAAGGUGGUGGUGAAUCGUCACAUGAUGAGGUAUCUUCUGCACCAGUAUGCAGCUCUAGUCGACUCGUAUAAAAGGAUAGGAAGGUAGAAUAUCCUUUUUUUCCCCUUCUUUUCCUUUCGAAAUGAAAGGACACAAUGUGAUAUUUAGAAGAAAGUCGCAUUUGAUUUUCUGAUAGUGGAUUGCACUCAAGAAAAGAAAAAUCUGAGUUUGCGGAUCAA